AGGAGCACAGAUAGUUAAUAGUGGGUAGGUAGGUAAAAGGCAAAGCAGAGAACAGUUGUCUUAAGACAUGUUUGUAUGUAUGGCUUGCUUUCACCUUCAUAUAUGCUAAACUGGGAACACGACACUUCCUCAAGCAGAAUUCAGCGACAUGGAAUUUCAGUCUGUGGAUGAGACCUUUCAGGGUUUAAUGAACGCGCCCUCUGAUAUUUUGCAGAAAACAUCUCUUUUUUUUCCCCUUAUAUCUGUAUGUACACAUUUCAGUAUAACCCCCCACAUCGACUUCAGGCUCAUGGUAAAUUAGGAGUUAAAUUGCUGCUGUAAAGCAAUAUUAUCUGUGUUGGGCAGAGGCUGAAACUGAGUCAUGUGUGCAUAUUUGGAUACGUCACACCCUCUUGCUGUAGUAGACAAAGAACAAACUAGCUACUUACUAUAAACCUCAUGCAUACAGGAUGCUUCUGGAGAACAGAUCAAUCAUUCUCUAGUCUGCUACGCAGGGGAAAAAAACCCCACACGAAAUGCCACUUGAGAUGAACUAGAACAGCAUCAUUGUUUUCCCAGCUGAAUUUCACAUACUACAAUGAAGAUACUGUUUUUCAGUGGACUGCUGUCUCUUAGCUCCUGUCUUCUCACAACAGCUUCAGAAUUUUCGCUGAAUGGCUCUGCAAUUAAAACUGUCUCUCUUAUCAAGACUUUUCGUGGAAUUUCAGCAAGAGACUAUGAUUACAUCCCUCCUUAUGCUAUAGAAGGGGAGACAAAAUCCAUCCAUAUCAGAGAAGACAAAUGCUCUUCAAAAAAGUCAAAUGACUCCACUUUAACAGAAGUGAACAACACCACACUUGAAUACUUGACCAGCUCGUUGAGCACCAAGCUAAUACCUGCAGUCUACCUCAGUGCUGUUUUAUUGGGUGUGCCAUCUAAUGCCAUCAUUUUGUGGAUGUUAAUCUUCAGGAUCCGGUCUGUAUGCACUGCCAUCCUCUACACAAAUUUGGCGGUUUCAGAUCUGCUCUUCUGCAUCAUGCUGCCCUUCAAAAUAGCGUACCACAUCAACGGGAACAACUGGAUUUUUGGGGAAAUGAUGUGUCGAACCACCACUGUGGUGUUUUACGGUAACAUGUACUGCUCCAUUUUGCUGCUCACAUGUAUCAGUGUUAGCCGCUAUGUGGCCAUCGUUCACCCUUUCACCUACAAGAGCCUACCGAAACGUGCCUAUGCCAUCGCAGUCUGCGCUACCGUGUGGAUCAUCGUCUUCCUUUAUAUGCUCCCCCUUUGCAUAAUGCAGCAAAGCUAUUAUGUGAAACAACUGGGCAUUUAUACGUGCCACGAUGUGCACAAUGCCUGCGAAACCAUAUCUUCCUUCCAGUUCUACUACUAUGUUUCUUUAGUCACGUUUGGGUUUUUAAUACCUCUCGCAACUAUCAUUUUCUGCUAUGUCUCAAUUAUACGAGCACUCAAGACUCAUGAAUGGUUCUGGUAUGUUAAAGUCAGUCUUUUGAUCCUUACUAUCUUUGCUAUUUGCUUUGUGCCAAGCAAUAUUAUCCUUAUUAUCCAUCACAUUAACUAUUACUAUAACAACACAGAUGGGUUGUAUUCUUUUUAUCUAAUUGCUUUAUGUCUUAGCAGCUUAAACAGUUGUCUUGAUCCUUUCCUUUAUUUUCUUAUGUCCAAAAUCAGAAGUCAAUCCAAUAUUUAUCUAACAAUGGUUAAAAUUUCCAGGGAAAAAUGAGUUUAGUUCAAUAUUUAUAUUACUGGAAUUAUGACUUUGUAUAGUAUUAACCUAGGCAGCAAAGCUCAGGUACAGCAGUUAAACUUAAAUUUAAAAGUGUUAAAAAAAUACAAUCUCAGUAAAAACUUACUUGCUUCCAAAGACCAGACAAGAAAUGUCAUCAGAAAUACAUUUCUUCAGCCCUACAAUUUUACCACAUAUAUUGCAACAUCUGGUGUGCCUAGACUCAGGGCUCCAUUUUGUUCUGGGAAGAUCACUUUCAUGUCCAUGAAGAAGAAACUAGAAUAUCAGUGACCACAGCCUCUGAACAUCAGAAGAGAAGUCAAUAGCUGAACAUCACUUUCAGGGCCAUUCAUGAUUUCCAAAUACUUAAAGUUAGCUCUCAGCCCACAAUCACUGCAGGAACAGUGGUGUGAAAACAAGUUUUUGGUGCAGCAGAAGUGGGAACAACUAAAAGCACUUAAUGUGCCUGUGAACUGUAGAACUUUGUGGAAGCUCCCUGCCACACAGACAAGGAAGAAAAUACUGCCCUGGAUUUUGAAAUAAAGGGCCAUAGUCCCUGUAGGUUCAAGGAGCAGUAAAUAUACAGCUGUAGACACAAUUCAACCUCUCCUAUGAGGCUGCUUAACCAGCUUUGCUCUGGAGACUUGUUCUUCCACUUCCUCAGUGCCUGUACUCUUCUAGCUCAUGAGGAUUGCUGGGAGCUAACCCUUAUCAGUGUGAACCCAGGCAUGUGUAAUUCUUGCUUUGUAAGCAAAAGAGUGAAGCUAUUUUGCAGUAUUCUCUAUUUCCACAUCCUCACAGGAAAUACCUUCAGUGUUACAAAUACUGAAGCUAGUUAUGGUUGAUUGCCCACAUUAAUAAAGCAAAGGGUUAGCUUUUACAUUUACAGAAACUCAAAAGCUACAUAUAUACUGAGUAUAAGUUCUACAAAAUAAGCUCAGUGGCUUGUGUUUGUAUUUGUUAAUUCCAGAAUGUGAAACAGCAAUAAGAAAGAAAGUGUUUUACUUCAGCUUGAUAAUAGCAUUGUAAAAAAACUUAAAUAAAAUCAUUUGCACUGGAAAA